GCCACUCUGCGCGCCGGCGGGGGCUGCGCAGGAGGAGCGCUCCGCCCGGCUACAACGCUCCGCGAGCCGGCGCGGCAACACCUGUUCGCGGCAGCCUGGGCGGCACGCGAGCUCCCGGACGCGGCUCUCCUCGCUCGCCGCUCGCCACCCGUUCUAAGCCAAUGGACAUCUGCCGAGCCUCUGGAGAAUCCUGGAUACUAGCUUUGGACGCCUAAAGUUUCUUUUUCUUUUUGUUUUAUUAUUAUUAUUUUUUGGAGGGGGGACCGGGAGGGGAGAUUUGUCGCCGCCACCAACGUGAGAUUUUUUUUUUCCCCUUGAAGGAUUCAUGCUGAUGUCUGCAGAGUCGGUUAGAGAGUAAAAACAGCGCAUGCCUUCCUGGAGUCAGGAUCCGUAAAUUCUGACGUAGCCCGUGCAUCUUAAAAAUCCCUAUAAUAACGCCUAGGCAUUUAAGUUGCUAUGGUCAUUCUGAUCUCAAACCAAAUGGAGAAACUACGGAUGUUUUUUCCUUAUUACGGUCGGAUGGGAUGAAGACCUUCCUGCCUGCUAAGAGCUGGGGAUCUACCUAUAGAGAUACAUAGAUAUGUUUAUCAGUAUGUCAGUGUGUGAGUAUAAAGUGGUGGUUUCUUAGACUAUCAGUGGUUUGACCUUGAACCUGUGCCAGUGAAACAGCAGAUUACUUUUAUUUAUGCAUUUAAUGGAUUGAAGAAAAGAACCUUUUUUUCUCUCUCUCUCUCUGCAACUGCAGUAAGGGAGGGGAGUUGGAUAUACCUCGCCUAAUAUCUCCUGGGUUGACACCAUCAUUAUUGUUUAUUCUUGUGCUCCAAAAGCCGAGUCCUCUGAUGGCUCCCUUAGGUGAAGUUGGGAACUAUUUCGGUGUGCAGGAUGCGGUACCGUUUGGGAAUGUGCCCGUGUUGCCGGUGGACAGCCCCGUUUUGUUAAGUGACCACCUGGGUCAGUCCGAAGCAGGGGGGCUCCCCAGGGGACCCGCAGUCACAGACUUGGAUCAUUUAAAGGGGAUUCUCAGGCGGAGGCAGCUAUACUGCAGGACUGGAUUUCACUUAGAAAUCUUCCCUAAUGGUACUAUCCAGGGAACCAGGAAAGACCACAGCCGAUUUGGCAUUCUGGAAUUUAUCAGUAUAGCAGUGGGCCUGGUCAGCAUUCGAGGCGUGGACAGCGGACUCUACCUCGGGAUGAAUGAGAAGGGGGAGCUGUAUGGAUCAGAAAAACUAACCCAAGAGUGUGUAUUCAGAGAACAGUUCGAAGAAAACUGGUAUAAUACGUACUCAUCAAACCUAUAUAAGCACGUGGACACUGGAAGGCGAUACUAUGUUGCAUUAAAUAAAGAUGGGACUCCGAGAGAAGGGACUAGGACUAAACGGCACCAGAAAUUCACACAUUUUUUACCUAGACCAGUGGACCCCGACAAAGUACCUGAACUGUAUAAGGAUAUUCUAAGCCAAAGUUGACAAAGACAAUUUCUUCACUUGAGCCCUUAAAAAAGUAACCACUAUAAAGGUUUCACGCGGUGGGUUCUUAUUGAUUAGCUGUGUCAUCACAUCAGCUCCACUGUUGCCAAACUUUGUCGCAUGCAUAAUGUAUGAUGGAGGCUUGGAUGGGAAUAUGCUGAUUUUGUUCUGCACUUAAAGGCUCCUCCUCCUGGAGGGCUGCCUAGGGCCACUUGCUUGAUUUAUCAUGAGAGAAGAGGAGAGAGAGAGAGAGACUGAGCGCUAGGAGUGUGUGUGUGUGUGUUUGUGUGUGUGUAGCGGGAGAUGCGGGCGGAGCGAGAGCAAAAGGACUGCGGCCUGAUGCAUGCUGGAAAUAGACACGCUUUUACAUUUCUGAUCAGUUGUACUUCAUCCUAUAUCAGCACAGCUGCCAUACUUCGACUUAUCAGGAUUCUGGCUGGUGGCCUGCGCGAGGGUGCAGUCUUACUUAAAAGACUUUCAGUUAAUUCUCACUGGUAUCAUCCCAGUGAACUUAAAGCAAAGACCUCUUAGUAAAAAAUAAAAAAAAAUAAAAAAUAAAAAUAAAAAAAAGUUAAAUUUAUUUAUAGAAAUUCCAAAGGCAACAUUUUAUUUAUUUUAUAUAUUUAUUUAUUAUAUAGAGUUUAUUUUUAAUGAAACAUGUACAGGCCAGAUAGGCAUUUUGGAAGCUUUAGGCUCUGUAAGCAUUAAAUGGCAAAGUCCGCUAUGAACCUGUGGUAAAUUCAUGCAAGUAGAUAUAACGGUGCAUGGAUAUGAGAAAUUCUAAUGACCCUAAUGUACUAAAGGCGACAAUCUCUUUUGUGCCCAUAUUAUUGUAAACUUAUGCACAUCGCUCAUGACACUGAGUAUUCACUCUUCAGACUGCUUGUUUCAUAGCUUAUCCCAGAGGAUUAAAGAUAAACUGGGUCUCAAAC